AUGCCAGCCGACGAACGGUCUGUCGCUUCGUCGGCAGCCUCGGAGGAGGAGUACGACUACUCCAUAGACGAGGAGGGCCGAUUUGAGCCCACGACGACGCCUGGAGCUGCAGAGGCCGCGCUGGAGAAACAGACCACGGCCGCAUCGGGGACGUCCGCGCUCGAGCAGCGGGCGCAGUCUGUGAUUUCGAGGAUCCGAAGCCGUGAGCCGGGCCAGAUCGCACGGUUCACGCAUCCACUGUCGCACACCAAGACGCUCGACGAUGUGAUUGUCGAUUUCGAUGGGCCGGACGAUCCGUAUAGGCCGCUUAAUUGGGGGUUCUGGAAGAAGGCGGUUACGACGGUGCUUUACGGGUUGACGACGAUGGGCGCUACAUGGGCAAGCUCUGUUUACUCGCCGGGCGUCGAUCAAAUUAGCAAAGAGUUCCAUAUCGGAACGGAAGUUAGCACACUCGGCAUUGCGCUUCUGCUCUUCGGAUUCGGAUUAGUUACUGCAGGUGUUUUAUUCUUUCGGUUUCAACAAGCUCACGCAUCGGUACGUCUUUUAGGACCUCUCAUCUGGGCGCCAUUAUCAGAGCUGUACGGCCGGAAACCAGCGGUGCUUGCUCCGUAUUUCGUGGCGGCCGUCUUCUCGUUCGGUACAGCGGCUGCCAAGGAUGUGCAAACGAUCAUGAUUACUCGCUUUUUCACUGGGUUUUUUGGCUCCGCCCCCGUCACCAAUACCGGCGGCGUGUUGAGUGAUAUCUGGACGCCGGAACAGCGCGGGGCCGCCAUCGUCGGGUACGCCAUGGCGGUCGUUGGCGGGCCUGUUCUGGGGCCUAUCGUUGGCGGCGCGCUCACGCAGAGCUAUCUCGGAUGGCGAUGGACCGAAUACAUCACUGGCAUCAUGAUGAUGCUAUUUCUCAUUCUCGACAUCAUCUUUCUGGACGAGAGCUACCCGCCAGCCCUCCUUGUCGCAAAGGCUCAAAGACUGCGGUUUGAAACGGGGAACUGGGCCCUCCACGCACGCCACGAGGAAUGGGACGUCAGCCUCAAGGAGAUCGGCAACAAGUACCUUGUCCGUCCGUUCCAGCUGUUGACAACGCCAAUCUGUUUCUGCGUCGCGCUAUAUGCCUCUUUUGUCUACGGCAUCCUCUACCUCAGUCUUGCGGCCUUCCCCAUCGAAUUCGAAGAGAUCCGCGGGUGGAACCUAGUCGUCGGCGCGCUUCCCUUCCUAGCCUACCUUGUGGGCAUCCUCUUCGGUGCCGCCGCCAACCUGCUCAACCAACGGUUCUACGUGAAGCGCUUCAAGGCGAACAACAACCGGGCCGUGCCCGAAGCCCGUCUCCCACCCAUGAUGUUCGGCUCAGUCUUCUUCGCCGGCGGCCUGUUCAUCUUCGGUUGGACUGGCUCCAAGGAUAUCCACUGGAUCGGCCCCGUCAUGGGCGCCGUGAGUAUGGGCCUGGGCUUCUUCACCAUCUUCCAAGCCGCCCUCAACUACCUCAUCGACACCUUCCAGAAAUACUCCGCCAGUGCCGUUGCCGCAAACACCUUCCUCCGGAGCGUGUUCGCAGGCACCUUCCCUUUAUUCGCCAACGCGAUGUUCCACAAGCUUGGCGUCGACUGGGCCGCUAGUGUCCUCGGUUUCUUCGCCAUCGCCCUCAUCCCCAUCCCCUACAUCUUUUACAUCUAUGGCCGUCGUAUCAGAGCCAAGGGCAAGUGGUCCAGAGCAUCUGUUUAUUGAUGUGCUGUUUCUUUUUAUUGUGUUUUUUUUCUUUCAAAAAAAAAAAUCAAUCUGCGGAUACCAUUCUUGUUGAUUUGGGUCUCUACCUACUUGCAUCACUUAUGAUUGGCAUGAUCAUGCAUUAAUUUAUAGACAGCGUUGGUUUAUUUAUUUCUGGACAUAUUUCAUGUAUAGAGGCAGUCAAUAGUAUGCAGCAUGCCCUCACUAUUGGCACAUGUAAUUAAAAGCAGCAGAUGUUGCACUAUUCUUAUAUUCUA